AUGGAGAAACAACAAGAUCAACAAUUGGUACAAAUGAAAACUAUGAUAGAUUCGAAUGAUGACGAUGACGAUGGGGAUUCGACGUCAACAUCAUCGAUAAGUGCUGAUAGUGAUCAAUCAACAAACAUCGCAAAUUUAAUGCGUGAAAAUGAACGAAAAAUGCGAAGGUUAAGUGAAAGCUAUAUGAAUCGAUUUCUUUUCAUUGGUCAACAAGCACAAACAUUACCAGAACUGUCAAACGCUCUUGCGCUACCAUCAACAAUGAAAAGUGUUGUGCAAAAAAAGUCGCCAAAAAUGGAACUUGAAAUCAUGUCAUCAAUACCAUCAUUAACUUUAUUUGUUGAAUCACUUAAGCAAUUAAUCCAAAAAGAAGAAAAAAAACGAGAAAAAUCAUAUUUGCCUCCUGAUGAUAAAAGUAUAGCAUCGGAUUUGUAUACACGUCUUUCUCUGGGAAUUACACAAUGUUUACGUGAUUAUGAGGGUGAAAUAAAUCAUGCUAAACGAAGAAUACAUGAUCUGAAUGAACAACAAGAACAUAUUCUAAAUGAAAAUAAGAAUGUUGUUUCACAUUUAACUGAAGCUUUCGAAAAAAAUACGAUUUCUCUCCGACAAACUUAUGAAAAACGUUUAGCUAAGCAACGUGAAGAAUCAUUAAAGAUUGGAAGUUCAUUAGAUAAUUAUAAAGUUGAGAUAUUAGCACUGAGAGACGCAUACGAAAAGAAACUUAGAGUAAAAGAUGAAUUAAUUAAUGAAUUGAACGACCGAUUGGCUAAAAACGAAACUGAACAGGCUGCACGUCAACAUGCACUUCAUCUUAAAAUUGAACAUUUUCAGCAAAGUUUCGAUACAUUACAAGCACGUAAUAAACAAGUUGAGCUUAAUAAUCAAAUUAAGAAUAAAGAAAAUCAUGACCUUCUUACACAAGUAUCAAAUUUACAACGUCAAAUUCAACAUUUACAACAAACAGUAACCAGUAAAGCGCAUGAAUGUACAGAAUUAUCUCAAAAAUUAGCAGCAACACUACCGAAAUUAAAUGAAUGUGAACGUUUCGGAUCUGAAUUACAACGAUGGUUUCAAUUAGUUGCACCUGAAAAUAAUUCAUCAGACUUAACGUUGGAUGAUAUGUCGACUAUUGUCUCAUCGAAAGUUUCUCAUUUUGAAAGUUUUAAAAAGCAACUCGAUUUAAUCAAUGAAGAUUUAGAUCAUGCACAUAUUUUAGAAGGAAGUAAUUUAUCUGAUCGUAUUCGUUAUGCUAUAAAUCAAAACAAACAAUAUGAAACUGCUCACAGUGAUAUAAGUAAUAAAUAUCAAGCAUUGUUACUUCAAACAAAUAUGUUAACUGGCAUUAUAAAACAACAUAGUACAGAAGUAGCUAAUCAUAAAACCAUUGAAGAACAAUUGAAAGAAUUUAAUGAACAACUUUUAAAUGAAAAUCAAAACAUCAAAAUUGAAAUGCAAAAUUCUCGUUCGAAAUUACUUCAAAUAACGAAUACAAAUAAUCAAUUAGAACAUGAAUAUAAUUUAAAUAAACAACAUUCAAGAGAUUUACAAAUAAAAUAUGAAACAAUAAAAACUGAAAGUCAAGUUUUAGCUAAUGAGUUACAAACAAAACGUGAAGCAAUAAAACGCUACGAACAAGAAUUACAAUCUAUGAAACAAUUAUUUGAGAUAUCAUUAAAAGAAAAACAAAUACAAAGUGAUCAAAUAAAACAUGAACGACAAUUGUUUCAAACGGAAAAUGAUACACUGAAACAAAUAGUUAUUCGUGAUGGACAUGAUAAACAAACUAUUAGUCAAAUACAAUUUAAUAGUAAUGCAUUACAACGUCAAUAUAAUAAAUCAAAUAAAGAUAAAGAAACAGUUGAUGACGAAGUACGUCGAAUUUCGAAGAGUCAUUCGCAAGAAGUUAUUCGCUUUGUUCCAGUAAAUGAAAAUGAAGACGAUGAAACAACAGACAAUCGAGUGAGUCGUCGAGCAACAUCAACACCAACACCAAGAGAAAGCGAAAAUCAACAACAAUCAAAUCUUCAAUCAUUAGGCAUAACUAAACAAAUUAAUCAAGUGUUAAACGAUAUGAAAAGUUUAUUGACACAUGGACGUGAAGUGGUCAUUAAACAUGAAGAAGAGAUGAUUCCAGAGCGAGAUUUUAAAGUACAAGAACGAAAUAAAGGUCGACACUCAAAAAAGGAACGAACAACCAUUACAGAUAUUAAAUAA